AUGGGGAAGUACAUGAGGAAGGCGAAGCUCGCGGGGGAGGUUGCCGUCAUGGAGGUCUCCCACCAGUCUUCUCUCGGCGUCCGCACCAGGGCCAGAACCCUAGCCCUACAGCGCCUCCAGAAGCCCGCCGCGCCUACUCCGUCUCCAUCUCCACCCGCGGAGCACGACAACAUUUCCUAUCUCCAACUACGGAGCCGGCGGCUUGAGAAGCCCCUCGUCGUCCCUUCCAGGCCCAAGGAUGGCUACAAGGGCGGUCCUAAGUCGGCCACCAGCCCGAAGGGCCCCACGGCGGGGAAGAACCCUAAUCCUAUCUUGACGGCAUGCUCUGCGAAUUCCGAGUCAGUGGGGUCUGUCUCCGCGGCGAAGAGUCGGUCGAAGAGGGGCGAAUGGGAGGACGAGCUAGCCUCCGAGGCCUCCCCGUACAGCGAUGGCAUUGAGGCGUCCUUCGGCGAGAAUUUCCUCGAAUUCGAAGCAAGAGAUAGGUGGGCUCCUUCCCCCCCCCCCCCCCCCCCCUCCCCGAUUUUCUCGCUUCCUGUAUUUUCUCUACAUGUAUUCCGCGGAAAUUCUAACUUUUCCUUCAAUCCUUCGCCUCGCUUUUCUCCUUGCUCGCUCGUGGUUUUCUUCCCCCCUUUUUUUCCCUUCUGAUAUCCUGUAUAUUCUGGGAUUUUUGCUCUCAUUCCGAUGCAUAAUCAUUCCCUUGAAUUUCCCGUCGAGACGACGAUUUUCGAAUUCCAGAGCGAAAUGUCUCAUUGUUGGGUCUUCUAUCUCGGCGGCUUUGUAUUCCGCAGCAGAUUUCUUAUCCUGGUUUCCUCUAAUUUGUAAUCUCUCUCUCUCUCUCUCUCUCUCUCUCUAUAUAUAUAUAUAUAUAUAUAUAUAUCUAUCUAUCUAUCUAUCUCUUCUUUAAUUGAUUCUGCAGCCUGGACUCCCUGCAUGCGUUCAUUUCUGGUCUGCACCCGGGAAUCCCGUUGCCUUCAGCAGGCAGGCAUAUCUUCGUUCUCUCUUCUCCUUCUGUGACGUGGGCUCCGUGGGUGUAUUCUUCCCCCGUCGUUCGUCCUCCCUCUUUGUUCGGAAGAGAGUGGCGGCCAUCGUCAUCGGCCGCCAUCGUUCCAUUUUCUUCUCACCGGAGUUUGCUUGGUGGACCAUCUCGGAGUCUUUUGUGGGCCGAGUCAGCGGAUGUUCUGUCCUGCAUGCGCCAGAAACAAGAACAAAUAGGAACCACCAGUAACCUUGAGAUCUUCAUGUUUUUUUUCCCCCCUCUUCUUGAGAAAUCUCCAGUGCCUCUUGGGUUUGGCGUCUUUCCUCCCAGCCGAGAGCGGGCCUCGGAGGUGACGUGAGGGCUCGGUCGCUUGCUAUGUUAAUCCCCAGAGAUAGAAUCUCCUGGGCACCACCAACUGUGCUCGGUUCAGUUUGAAGCUCCGUGCAGAGCGGCCCAUGGCAGAGACAAGCUUUUGUCGAUCAGUUUGAUUCGUCCUUUCGGGGGAAUCUUUUUUGGCCUCGUCCUGCCAUCACUGAAAUGCCGCUCAUCUUCUCUCUUCUUUUUUUUUUUCUUUUUUUUUUUUUUUGCUGAAAAAAGAGGGGUGGCGGGGGGGAAGUGGAUGCUCUCUAUUUUAAUUAAUUUUGUUCUCAUCACAAGGCGACCGAUGGUUGUUGUUGUUGCAGCAAAAAUCCAAGUCUUCCUAUUUAUUUUCCUUUUUUAAUCUUCCCCGGCUGCAGGUAGGCUCAUUCAAGGCUUCUGGGCAUGCUGUAAAUCGCAUCCCCAGAGUGGUGGGUGGGUCCGUUCGAUUUGCGCCUUUUGAAGUUUGCAUUGUUCCUUGUGUGAUCGCUCUCGUCUGGGAUCAGCUUUUCGAUUGGGAUUUUCAGUGCCCGACUGAGCUUCAAACCGGGUUUUUCUCUUCUCGAUCGUCGUUUUCUCCUGUGAUUGUGAUCUUUGUCGCCCAAGUCUGUUUCUGUAAGGCUUGUGGUUGUGUGCUCGGGGAACUGUUCAUGGAGGAUGGGAGCUUGUGACAUCGUUGCAGGAAUGUCAGGGAGACCACGCCCUGCAGCUUGAUAAAGGACUCAGACGUCGCAGGAACCCCGGGCUCGACCACCCGGCGGCGGACGGCGUCCGGUCGGAGAACCCAGCCGGCGGCGCUGCGGAGCAUCCCGACCUCCGAGGAGAUGGAGGAGUUCUUCGCCGGCGCAGAGCAGGUGCAGCAGAGGAUAUUCACCGAGAAGUAGGCUCCCCCCACACCCCUUCUCGUUUUUUUCUUCUCGGAGGGAUCCUCCUUCCUUCCACCUGGUCUGGUUUAAUCCUGUUCUUCUGUUUCCUCGUGGGCUCUCUUGCGGCAGGUACAACUUUGAUCCGGUGAAGGACUGCGCGCUACCUGGGCGGUACGAGUGGGUUAGGCUGGACGAUUCCUAG